AUGCCUGGAGUGUCUUCCAAGGUCAAGGGCGCCACGGCGAUGGCCGAGGACGAGCAGCAGGUGGCGGCUACCAUCAGCGCCAAGAAAUCCAAAGCGCUCGCGGCUGACGAGAAUGGAGCUGCGCCGUCCGAUCUAAUCUCCGCGAAGAAAUCCAAGAAGAAGGCCAAGGGCGGCGAUACGCCUGUGAAGCGGAAGCGUGAUUCCACGUCGCCAGCCGAAUCGGCGGGGGAGGAAGUUACGCCGAAAAAGAAGUCGAAGAAGGCCUCCGGAGAAUCCGCGGAGGAAGGUUCGGCGAAGAAGUCCAAGAAGAAGCAGAAGAAGUCGAAAGAAUCAGAGGCGCCAGCGGAGGAGCCGGAGAAGGAAGAUUCUGACGGAUCUGCCGACGCGUCAACGUCUUCUGACGAAGCUAACGGAGCUGGAACGGCGACUGCGGGCGAGAUUGACGGCUCAUCGGACGGUCCGGAGGAGCCGGCGGCGGCGGACGAGGAGGAUCGCGAGGACGAUCCGAACAGCAUCGACAACUUCCGCCUGUCGCCGGCCGUGAAGGCGGCGCUGCGUCGCAAGUCCAUCUCGUCGCUCUUCCCCAUCCAGGUGCAGACGUUCGACCUCGCUAUGGACGGCAUCGAUAUCAUCGCGCGCGCGCGCACCGGUCAGGGCAAGACGCUCGCGUUCGUGCUGCCCAUCGUGGAGCGCCUGAAGAUUCUCAAGGAGAGCGGCGGCAAGGGCGCCGGCGCUGGGUUCGCGAGCCGCAGCAAGCUGCCGAGCGUGAUCGUGCUGGCGCCGACUCGCGAGCUGGCGAAGCAGGUCGGCGACGACUUCGAGUACAUCGGCCGCGCCGCCGGCAUGUCCGUUGUGUGCGUGUACGGCGGGGCGCCCAUGGGCCCGCAGGAGCGUGCGCUCUUCCGCGGCGUUGAUAUCGUCGUCGGCACGCCCGGCCGCAUCAAGGAUCUGCUGCAGCGCGGGUCGUUGAAGCUGAACGAGGUGCGCUUCCGCGUGCUGGACGAGGCGGACGAGAUGCUCGACAUGGGUUUCGUCGACGACGUCGAGACCAUUCUCAAGUCGGUGGACGACCAGUCCAAGGUGCAGACGCUGCUCUUCAGCGCCACCGUGCCCGAAUGGGUCAACAAGAUAUCGAAGCGGUUCUUCCGUGAGGACAAGCGCGUGGUGGACCUGGUGGGCGGCGAGCGGCAGAAGGCGAGCACCAACGUGCGCCAUCUGCUCAUGCCCUGCCACACCAAACAACGCUUCCAACUCGUCGCUGACGUCAUCGCCACCUACAGCCUGUCAGUUUCUCCCCGCCCCUCAUUCACCUCCUCUCACACCCCACACCCCCUCCUCCCCCUAUUCCCCCCUCCUCCCCCCCCUCUUCCCCCCGGCGGGAAGGUGAUUCUGUUCGUGGACACCAAGAGCGCAGCGUCGGAGUUCGCGCAGAACUUGGCGCACCUGGGGGCGCGAGCGCUGCACGGCGACGUCGUGCAGCAACAACGCGAGGUGAGCCAGCAGCAGCGCGAGGUGAGUGUGUUGGCAGCAGCACCACCAGCUAUGCAACGUGUGCUCCAUUCAAUGGGGUUGGUGGUUGGACUUGCUCGUCCUCCCUCUCUCUCUCUCACCACCCGCCGCUCUCACAUGCUCCUCCUCGUGUUUCCUCCCACAGGUGGUGCUAAAAGCGUUCAAGUCAGGGGCCUUCCAAGUGCUGGUAGCAACAGACGUGGCGGCGAGAGCCCUGCCUCGUCCGUGCCUCGUCUGUGCCUCGUCCGUGCCUCGUUCUCACCCGUGCCUCGUUCUCACCCGUGCCUCGUUCUCACCCGUGCCUCGUUCUCACCCGUGCCUCGUUCUCACCCGUGCCUCGUCCUCACCCGCUCUUCCACCUGCAACACGGGAGUGUCAGUGUUGGUGGCGGACAGGUGGGCGGGGCGGAUAGUGUCGCAGAUCGAGCACACGGCGGGGGUAAAGUUUGAGCGCGUCAGCCCGCCACAGCCCGCUGACCUCGUUAAAGUCGCCUCCGCUGCAGUCACGACCAAAGUCAAGGCCGUUGGAGACAGUGUGGUGCCGCUGUUUGAGGGCUCAGCACAGGAGCUCAUCGACUCUACUGGCCUCUCGCCCCUCGCUGCACUCGCCAAAGCCCUCGCUUGCCUUGCUGGACACACGGAGCUCAAGGCACGCUCGCUGCUGUUGAGCCAGCAGGACCAGGUCACCCUGCUGCUGCGCUGCUCCUCACCCUUCUACUCGCCCUCCUAUGUGCUACGGUUCUUCGAGCAGCACCUCACACCGGACCAGACGCGGGCCAUCAACGGCAUCACACUCACAGCUGACGGCUGUGGGGCUGUCUUUGACGUGCCAGUCAAGGACAAGGACCUCUACCUGAAAGCGGCGGCGAGCAACGGGCUGUCGAACAUCCAGGUGGAGGAGGCCAAGACGCUUCCCGAGCUCAAGCAAGCUCCGAUGACCAGCAACAGCCUCUCUGCCAACCUCGUUGCACCACCACCCUUCUAG